UUUGGAUGAACUGAGAAGACUUCAGGGGCAAAUUAGCACCAAAGCAAUGGAGAGAAGUACAUUAUUUACACUUCAGCAGCAGCAGUAUGCUGCACUUUCUGAGGAAAAUGAAGAUACUGAUGAGGAACUAAUGGAAUGGCAAACAAAAUUUGAAGAAAGGAUUGCAAUACUAGAAACAAAAAUCAGUAAACUAGGUAGAGAGAUGGAUGAUGAAGCAGCAACGAGCUCCUCACUGCCCCAGAUAAUCUCUGAAUUAACACAUGAAAUAGGAAAGCUCCAAGCAGAAGCUGAUGCUCACAUAUCUAUUAAGCAGGAACGAGACUCAGACAUCAAAAGGAUAUUCACCAAACAUAAUUUUGGGCCAGUUCCAAAAUUUCUAUGGAGUUUGGCCACAUUGCGAGCUUGCUUUAUUCUGCAUUGUUUUUAGUUUACAGUUUUAUUUCUUUUCGCUCGUCAUCUCAGUG